UAUGAGUGUCACCUUAUACAUCAAUGGAAAAUAAGUUAAUUGUAAACUAACUGAAACAUUUGGUGAUCUUUUUGAAGAACAUGUUAAUUCUGGUAAAUUUUUAGAUAAAAUUUGGAAAAUAAAUGGUUAAUUAAAAUCUAAUAUCCCUAAAAACACAAAGUUAAAUUAAUUCAUUUAAGGAGGUGAAAUUAUUGAAUGCUAAGUAAUUAAUAUUAUUAAAUAUUUUAGGAUAAAUAAUAAGCUAAUCAAUUUCCUAAUUAAAUUGGUUAAUCUGGUCCAAUUAUGGCACCUCAACCACAAUCACCCUUUGUCCCCGUUCCAUAGCCUACACCAUCUUUUAUUUCCACUUAAUAACCAUUACCACCAUUUUAAUAACAACAAUAAAUGUAAUAUUAACCAUAACCUGUAUUAAAUUAAUAAUAACCUUAAUUUCCAUCUAAAACAGGUCCUACAAAUGUAUAAAUUACUCCAUAAUAAUAAUUUAAUAAACCAAAUAUUCCAAAUAUUAGUGAACAAUUAAUAAAAUAAGCAAAUUAAGUGAUAAUUAAUAAACCAAAUAUAAAAAGAUAACAAAUAGAUGAUAAAAGUGGUCAAUAAGAAACAAGGUAUUUUCUAUUAUAUAUANAUUAAAAUGCAUAGGAAAAAAGUAUUUAUGAAUAUUUAAGAAAUAAAGCUUUUAAAUAAUUUAGUAUUUUGAUUUAAUUAUUCAAAAAAUAACUAUAAGGGGAAAAAGAGUCAAAAAUAAUGUUUAAUAAGAAAUAUAAAUUACAAGAAAGGCGAGCAAUACUUAAAUGA